AUGUUACAACAUUCUUCCUCCUCCUCGAUCAUUACCACCACUACUUUCUGCUCCUCCUCACGGAAAUUCAUCAUGAUGCAACACAUGUUUCAAGGUGGUGGUGCUUCCACUCAAACAAGAAAUAUAUUUCAUCAUCAUCACCACCACUAUCAAGGAAAGAUUAGUCAAUUUUAUUUGCAACAUUCCUGUAAGAGAAACUAUUCCAAGAAAUUUCUUCAUCAUUCGAACCCUAAUAAUGAAAUCAUGAUGAAUAGUCAUUCCACCACUUCUCAAUUCAACUCUUCGAACAACACUCGUCAUAUUUCAACCACAACAUUGGCAACAAUUUUGAAUGAAACCAAAGGACAAGCUCAUUCCUACAGUACAAGUUCUUCUUCCGAUGACGGAGAUAGACAAGCCAUGAUUGAAAAGGAAGAGAAAUAUAUUUUAAAUACAAUAUCGAAUGUUCACUCUCAUUUGGAUCAAGGUGUGGAUUUCACAAGGGCUGAAGAGAGAGAUUUAUGGGUUGAAAAUUUGUUAUCCUAUUUAGAAAACAUUGCAAAAAGUGUUGAAAAGAUAACGUGGCUUGAGGGAACCAAAUCAUUUAGUGUCAGUGAAGAGGAAGCAACAGAUUUUAAUUCAUUGUUUGAUAAUCCUUUUGAAACGAGAGAGGAAGAAGUUUCAACAUCAACGAAAACAAGUCGAUUAGAAAAUUUAAUUGUGAGAGUUUUGGAUGUUUUACACGAAUAUGGAAAGGAAAGGGAGGUACAAAAAGUCGAGAGUUCUCUCUCCUUGUCCAGUAUUGGAUUAGGUAUUUAUUCAAUUAUGAAAAGAUAUGCUAUGGAAUUUGAAAGAGCAACACCGAAAGAAAUUUCAAAAUUUUUAGAAAAAGAAUGCUUCUUUUCGUUGAAUCAGAACGUGAUGAAUUCUCUACUUCGAUACUUUGCAGACAUCAAAGAUAAAGUGAAUACUGUCAUUGUGUUGAAGGAUAUGCAACAACUGCAACUUGGUGCCAAUGAGCAUACGUACAAUAUUUUAAUCAGGUACGCCAUGUAUGGUAAUGACCAAAAUCAAGUACUCAAAUUAGUGAAACACAUGAAACAACAAGGAUUAGAAUUGAAUCAGGAAACUAAAGAUUUGUUGAGGCAGCAUAGAUUAAUGUAA